CAAACCAAUAUUUAACUUGUAAAAGUCAUAUCAAGAAAGAUCACUAAAAUCAAUUACUCGAUGGCUUCUUAUUCUUCUUCUCCUUCUUCUUUAGCUCUUUUUUUGGUCAUUUUUGCCUUAUGCUCUUUGCAUUAUAGUUUGGCUUCUAAUAACUUCAAUCAAGACUUUGAUGUUGCAUGGGGAGAUGGUAGGGCAAAGGUUCUAAACGAUGGGAAACUUCUUACCCUAUCCCUUGACAAAGCCUCUGGUUCUGGUGUUCAAUCCAAGAAAGAAUAUCUCUUUGGAAGGAUCGAUAUGAAGCUUAAGCUCGUGCCUGGAAAUUCAGCUGGUACAGUUACUACAUAUUAUUUAUCAUCACAAGGGGUAACACAUGAUGAGAUAGAUUUUGAAUUCUUGGGAAACCUUAGUGGAGAUCCCUAUAUUAUUCACACAAAUGUGUAUACUCAAGGCAAAGGUGACAAAGAACAGCAAUUCUACCUUUGGUUUGACCCCACUGCUGAUUUUCAUACAUACUCCAUACUUUGGAAUCCCCAAACAAUUAUAUUCUAUGUGGAUGGCACACCAAUAAGAGUGUUCAAGAACAUGAAGUCAAGGGGGCUACCUUACCCAAAUAACCAACCUAUGAGAGUGUAUGCAAGUCUAUGGAAUGCAGAUGAUUGGGCCACAAGGGGUGGCCUUGUUAAAACAGAUUGGUCCAAUGCUCCAUUCGUAGCUUCUUUUAGAAAUUUCAAAGCCAAUGCUUGUGUUUGGGAAUUUGGAAAAUCCUCAUGCAGCAACACAAAUUCAACAAAGCCAUGGUACUCUCAAGAACUUGAUUCAACAAGCCAAGCUAGAUUACAAUGGGUGCAAAAGAACUAUAUGGUUUACAAUUAUUGUAAUGAUAUUAAAAGGUUCCCUCAAGGCCUUCCUCUAGAAUGCACUUUCAACUCCACAACUAGUUAAUCUUGUAUUAUUUUGUGUUGCUCGGAUUCUCCUGAAAUGUUGUCACACCUGUGUUGGAUUCUCCAAAAAUGCACUAUUUUUGGAGGAUCCGACAUGCAAUUUUGGAGGAUCUGACAAGUAUUGAAGAGUCUUCGCAACAUCGAUUUUAUCGGUCUUGGUGAUUAAUUAUCACAUUCCUCUUGUAAUUGACGAAAUUCAUUUUCACAGAUGAUAAAUUUUGGAAUAGGAUCAUGCAAUAAAAUAUAAUGCUACAGAAGUAUGAUAAUUGCAGUGCAUAUAUAAUAAUUCUUUUUAUCUUC